AUGUUCUUCAAAAUCUUAAGUUUCAGAGAAAAUUUUUUUAUCACAAAUAAAAUGUUUUCUUGUUCUCUUGCUGGCAUUCCAGACACUCAGGAAUUAUGGGAUAAAUGCAGAUUACCACUUGGAUUGCAUAUUCAGCCAUUUAGAGAUAUGAAGGGUCUCAAAGUAAUCCAUACAGUCAUUACAAGAUGUCGAUAUUGCCGGACCUAUAUAAAUCCCUAUGUUUUUAUUAUGGAUUCUAGACAUUGGAAAUGUAAUUUAUGUUAUCGAGCGAAUGAUUUACCAGAGGAAUUCUUGUGGGAUCCGCAGACCAAAUCAUUUGGUGAUCCGGGGAGAAGACCAGAAUUACAGGAAACUACUAUUGAAUAUAUUGCUCCAACAGAAUAUAUGCUUCGUGAACCUCAACCUCCAGUUUACUUUUUCUUACUUGAUGUAAGCUCAAAUGCUGUUGAUUGUGGUUAUUUGCAUAUAUUUGCUGAACAAUUGACGAUUGACAUUGAUAGAUUUCCUGGUAACGAAAAUGCACUUAUUGGCUUUAUGGGUUUUGACUCUGCUCUACAUUUCUUUCAAUUUGAAGAUUCUACAUCAGAACCUAAACAUAUUAUUGAAUUUGAUAUUGAUGAAAGUUUUCCUCCUGUUUGUUCUGGUUUAGUUGUUCCCCUUGAAGAAUUUAAAUUGAGCAUCAAAAAAUUUAUUUCAAAACUGCCUGAUAUUUUUGAUCAUGGAGUUUCUUCUUCAAAUUGUCUUGGGUCAGCUCUGGCUGUGACAAAGGAGUUAAUAGAAGAAAUUGGUGGACGUGUGACAGUUAUGCUUUCAUCAUUACCUAAUAUUGGAUUAGGUGCUCUUAAAUUACGUGAUGACCUUAAAUCUUCAAAAUUAAAAUUUACACCUCAAGUUGAUUAUUAUCGAACAUUUGCUUUGGAAUGUACAGGAAAGCAAAUUGCAAUUGACCUUUUUGCAAUUGGUGAAAGAAAUGUUGAUCUUCCUACUUUGGCAGACAUUUCUCGUUUUAGUAGUGGGACCGUUUAUCACUUUCCGAAAUUUCAUUUUGUGAGAGGUCAAGCUGAAAUAAAACGUCUCCAAAUGACUUUACACAGAUAUUUCACAAGAAAAUUGGGAUUGGAAGCUGUGUUGAGGAUACGUUGUUCUAAAGGUUUUUGGAAGGAAAUGAAUUUUUUGAAUCUAGAAUAUUUAAUAGGUGUUUCUCUGCAUUCUUUUUAUGGAAAUUUCUUUGUACGGUCAACAGAUCUUUUAUCGUUGCCAAAUGUCAGUCCAGACUCUGCUUUAGGUGUACAAAUAAAACUUGAUGAAACAUUAACUUCUAGCCAUGUUUGCUUCCAAGCUGCUCUUCUCUACACUUCAACAAAAGGUGAUCGUAGAAUUCGAGUUCAUACACUUAGUUUGCCUGUUUUGACAAACACAACGCAUGUUUAUUCGGCUGUGGAUAUAAAUACAACAAUCUCUCUUCUUUCAAAAAUGGCAACUGAACGAGCACUUUCUGGUUCUGAUUUGUCUGACUGUAGAGAAGCAUUAAUUAACGCUGUAGUCGAUGCUUUGGCAGGUUAUCAACGAAUUUUGGGACAAACAAGCAGUACUUUAAGAAUGCCAGCAGAAGGAGGACUUCAAUACAUGCCAAUUUACGUACUUGGAUUACUCAAACAUAGAGCAUUUUCUGGUGCACAAAAAGCUUCAAUGGAUGAAAGAAUGGCUUCUCUUUUGCUGUUUAAAACUGUUGGGAUAGAGAUUCUCUUAAUGGAAGUUUGUCCGGCAUUGUAUUCUAUCCACAAUUUUGUGGAACAACCGGUGAUCGAAAAUGACCAUGCUCAAAUUUAUCCAGAACGCUUACCGCCCAGGUUCGAUUUAGAGGAAUAUUUUAAUUAUUUUUAUUUUAGCUAUGAACAAAUCUCUAAUGGAGGCAUAUAUUUACUUGAUGUAGGAACAUCAGUAUAUUUAUAUGUAUGUUCUGGCGCUAACCCUAAAACAAUAAGUGGUCUUUUUGGCGUUAAUUGUUUUGAAAAGUUGGAUGAAGAUAUUGAAUUAGAAGAAGAAACGUCGCAGGGUAAACAAAUUACAGCCUUCCUUCAACACUUGCAGGAUCAACGAUGGAAUGUAUAUGCACCAAUAAUUGUUAUAAGAAAUGACAGCCCACAAAGAGAGCUUUUUGCUAGCAGACUAAUCCAGGACAGGACUGAUUCUUCGCAUUCAUACGCUGAAUUUAUGCAACAUAUUCAAAGGGAGGUAAAUUUAGCCUGUAAAUGA